CUCCAUCUCAAAAAAAAAAAAAAAUCUAUAAAAUUGCUAUUUAUUUUCCUUUUCAUUUUCUGCCUUUGAAGGAGCUUCCAUAGUAACGUGUCCUUCCAGUCGCCUAGCCUGAAGGGAGGCCCCAGAGCUCCAGCUUCAAGGCUCGGCUCUCCCAGAUGCAAGUAUCAUUAGACUCUCGUUGGUUACCGCCGAGCCCCUUGUAACCCUGGCAACACUGCCCGCCCGCGAAUCGUCGCGCUACGAUUGGUCCAUGGCGCUAAAGCCUGAAAGUGAAUUCCUCAGACAUUGGCCCGAGUCACUGCGAUGCUGACACCGUGGUUGGCCCGUCUUUGGAAAAAGAUCUGGGAAUGAUUGUCUAGCCUCAAGCCUCAACUUACUUGAAGCUUGAGAGACUCAAAGCCUCAUGGACAGCUGCCCUGCAAAGAAAGUAUUUUGACCUUGGCAUUUGGACAUCUCCCAUCUCCCCCAUGGCCCUGACAAUGCUGAAUGGGCUCCUAAUUAAGGACUCGAGCCCACCUAUGCUGCUGCACCAGGUUAAUAAGACUGCCCAGUUAGAUACCUUCAACUACCAGAGCUGCUUUAUGCAGAGUAUCUUUGACCAUUUCCCUGAGAUCUUAUUUAUCCACCGGACCUAUAACCCAAGGGGUAAGGUCUUAUAUACCUUCCUGGUGGAUGGACCUCGGGUGCAACUGGAGGGUCAUCUUGCCCGAGCAGUCUACUUUGCCAUCCCUGCCAAGGAGGACACUGAAGGCCUGGCCCAGAUGUUUCAGGUAUUCAAGAAGUUUAACCCAGCAUGGGAGAGAGUCUGUACCAUCCUGGUGGAUCCCCAUUUCCUUCCACUGCCCACCCUAGCCAUGGAGUUCCCCGUAGCUGAGGUCCUGCUCUCAGCCUUCCACAUUUGUAAGUUCCUCCAGGCCAAGUUCUAUCAGCUGUCCCUUGAACGACCCAUGGAAAGGCUGCUUCUGACCUCCCUGCAGAGCACAAUGUGCUCAGCCACAGCAGGCAACCUGAGAAAGUUGUACACACUCCUGAGCAACUGCAUCCCCCCAGCCAAGCUGCCCGAGCUUCACUCACACUGGCUGCUCAACGACCGCAUCUGGCUGGCUCACCGCUGGAGAAGCCGAGCUGAGAGCAGCCGCUACUUCCAGAGCCUUGAGGUCACCACCCGCAUCCUCAGCCAAUUCUUUGGCACCACCCCAUCUGAGAAACAAGGUAUGGCUUCUCUGUUCCGUUACAUGCAGCAGAACUCUGCAGACAUGGCAAACUUCAACCAGGGCCUGUGUGCCCAGAACAAUCAUGCCCCCUCAGACACCAUCCCCGAAAGCCCCAAAGUGGAGCAGCUGGUAGAAUCCCAUAUCCAGCACUCCCUUAAUGCCAUCUGCACAGGGCCAGCAGCCCAACUCUGCCUGGGCGAGCUUGCUGUGGUCCAGAAAUCCACACACCUCAUUGGCUCUGGCUCAGAAAAGAUGAACAUACAGAUCCUGGAAGAUACCCACAAGGUGCAGCCCCAGCCCCCUGCCAGCUGCAGCUGCUACUUUAACCAGGCCUUCCACCUGCCCUGCCGCCACAUCCUAGCCAUGCUCAGCGCCCGCCGCCAGGUGCUCCAGCCCGACAUGCUGCCGGCUCAGUGGACAGCAGGCUGUGCCACCAGUCUAGACAGCAUCCUGGGCAGCAAGUGGAGUGAGACCCUGGAUAAGCACCUGGCAGUGACUCACCUCACUGAGGAGGUGGGUCAGCUGUUGCAGCACUGCAGCAAGGAGGAGUUUGAGCGGAGGUACAGCACCCUGCGGGAACUGGCUGACAGCUGGAUUGGGCCUUAUGAGCAGGUCCAACUCUGAUUAUUCUCGAUGCCCAGAGAUGCUCAUGCACCUGUACACACUGCACACUCACAUCCACCCGUACACACACACACACACACUCUCUCUCACACUUACACUGUUGUAUUUCCAUGGGCCCUCCCUCCAGAAUAAGGACAAGGUUCAAGGGUCUUCUCAUCUACCAUGGCCUGCUACCUAGCAUGUGUCUAGCUCAGUGAGACAGGAGUCAGCAGAUCUUAUCUGUUUAGUUUACUCAGGUGGCCACAUACAGUCUCUAUUGUAUAUUCUUGGUUUUGUUUUAACAUUUUCAUAAGGUAAAAAACAUUCUUAGCUCAAAGGUCUUAUAAAAACAGGCAAUCCAGCUGGGCGUGGUGGCUCACGCCUGUAAUCCCAGCACUUCGGGAGGCUGAGGUGGACAGAUCCCUUGAGGUCAGGAGUUCAAGACCAGCCUGGCCAACAUAGUGAAACCCCGUCUCUACUAAAAAUACAGAAAUUAGCCAGGCAUGGUGGCGGGCACCUAUAAUCCCAGCUACCCAGGAGACGGAGGCAGGAGAAUCGCUUGAACCUGGGAGGUAGAGGUUGCAGUAGGCCAAGAUCCUGCUGCCACUGCACUCCAGCCUGGGAGGGAGAGACUCCAUCUAAAAAUAAAAUAACGGCAACCCCUGGUCUAAGAUAAGAGAUAAAACAUCAGGUUGAGGUUUGGGGCGUGGUAGCAAUUGCCCUAGUCAUGAGAUGACUCACUUAACCCAUCUCCUUUGAGUGAACUGGGCUGGGAGGCUUCCUACAGGGGAAGAGGCCCCUCUGGGGAGGAGCUGGCUCAGCCAGGCUCCCUGAACUUCUUUCCUUGUCCUAUCCUGGGGUCAAUAAAACUGAAUGCUGCAUAUUCUA